CUUUCGCCGAAAUUGGUUUUUUUAAAUCUAUUUUCAACUAAUGGAAGAUAAUAAAAUACGAGAAGCAGUUCAAUUCUUGUCAGAAGGCGAUAAGGCGACUCGAAAGGGUUGGUUUAAAAAACCUGAAUGGGACGUAGCCGGGCAAAAUUACGAAAAAGCUGCUUCGUGUUUCAAGGCGGCUCGUUCAUAUGAUCAAGCUAUUCAAGCAUAUCAAAAAGCUUCUGACGCGCUUUUUAAGUCUGAUUCCUUAUACAUGGCUGCAAAAACAAUGGAGUCUGCUGCAAACUUAGCAGCUCAACAGCUUAAACAACCUGAACGAGCUAGUGAAAUGUACAAAAAAGCUAGCGAUUUAUAUCAAGCUCAUAUGACUCCAGAUCGAGCAGGUGAAAUGUUAGAAAAGGCUGCAAGAGCUUUGGAACCAGUUUCUGUUGAUGGCGCCAUAGAUUAUUACGUUGCUGCAUGUAACUUAUUUGAAUCGGAAGACCGUGGAAGGUUUGCAGUUGAUACAUUCAAGAAAACAAUAGCAAUCAUGAUUAAAAAUAAGCGAUAUGCAGAAGCAGUAGAUAUUAUGCAUCGACUUUCUAAAAUAUAUCUGGGCAUUAAUCAUCAACAGGGAUUGAAUAAAACAUAUUUAAGUAUUAUCAUAACUUUACUAGCGUUAGAAGAUGAAGUUGAAGCGAAGAAACAAUUUCAAUUGUUUUGCCAAAAUGCUUUUAUCCAAUCAGAGGAGUCAGCUAUUUCAAGUUCGCUUUUGGAUGCCUUUGAGCAAGGUGAUCAGGAUCUUUUGGAUCAAGUUGUACGUAGACCAAUUGUAACUUAUUUGGACAAUAAUGUUGCUAAACUCUCUAGAGAAAUACAAGUUCCUGGAGGUUUAAGUAAGCCACCUCCAACUACUUAUAUUCCUCCACCAAAGCCCAUUACCUCGAAUAAUGAUAGACUUCAAGGACAUGAGCAAAAGAAUGAUUUCCCCAUUUAUAAUCAACAUCAAAAUGAUUCUUAUUUCCUACAUAAUCAAGAACAAAAAGGGAAUUUAAAUGAUUUUGCGGAAAAGAAAAGUAAUUCUUUACAUGAUCAGUUGCAAAAAAAUGAUAAGCGGUUACCUGAUGAGAAUGCGCCAUACAAUAUUAGUGAUAAGGCUGAAGUACUUCCCACAGGAGACCAAAUACACUUACCUUCAUCAACUACGCCUGUACCACCAUCUCAUUCAAAUUCUAAUCAAAAUACUUCCAUAGAAGAAGAUAACGGUGAACUAUGUUAGAUUUGGGGAUAUAGAUACGAUUUUUUUUAGAUUAUUUCUUUUUUGUAAACUAGUAAUAAUAUAAGUCACAGAACAUUGAGGUAUUUAAGGCACGAUUGAGAGUUGUAAAAAUUUUAACUUAAAAGUUAACUAAACUUUAAUAUUUAUUUCUGUCCAUCUUUUACCCAACGUGAUCAACUUAAUAAAUAUUUUCUAUAAUAAUUUUAAACUAUAUAAAAUAUAAUUAUCAAUUCAAUUGCAAAUAAUAAUUUCUAUAAUAAUUAUACAAUAUCCUAU